AUGCAGAUGUUAGAUUUCUCUAAUAUUGACGUAAAUGGGUGUUGGGACUCUAACAAUUUCGAUUAUGCUGGCGUCGAUUCCACCGGGCGUUCUGGUGGUCUUAUCUCCAUAUGGGACACCACUUGCUUCCAAAAAUCAGAAGUUAUAAAAAAUCGUCACUUUCUAAUAGUAUCUGGUAAGUGUAAGAACUUUGAGAGUAAUUUAAAUACAAUUAACGUUUAUGGUGCCCAGUCUUCAUCCGAAAAAAAGAAGGUUUGGAGUGAACUACUCAAAAUAAUCAACGAUAGAGCUGGCAUGUGGGUUGUAUUUGGAGACUUUAAUGUUGUGAGAAAUGCGGGUGAAAGAUGUAACUCUCAUUUUUGUCCCUAUAGUGCUCGGGAAUUCAAUUGUUUCAUUCAGAGUGCUAACUUAAAGGACUUUACCAUGGGUGGCGAGAAAUUCACUUUUAUGAGCCGUGCAGAUGCCAAACUCAGUAAGCUGGACAAAUUUCUGGUUUGUCCAAAAUUUUUAUCAUCUUUUCCCCUCAGUGUUGUAACAGCUUUCCCUCGGGAGCUUUCAGAUCAUAGUCCUAUUACCCUAACCUCUACCGAGUCAGAUUUUGGACCGAUCCCGUUCAAGCUAUUUAAUUCCUGGCUCCUAAUGGAUGGUUUUGAUCAAAUUGUAAAGGACACUUGGGACCAAUUUGUUGGAUACGGGUCUCCUGAUGCGUACUUGGCUGCCAAACUUAGAUACUUGAAGGACUCUAUUAAAAGGUGGAGGAGAGUUGCGAGUCUUACGGAAAAAAAGGUGUACAAUGAUACUAUGUCUGUGGUUAACAACCUAGUGAAAAUUGCGGAGACCAGACCACUUUCUACUGCUGAAUUAGAUGUCUGGAACACAGGCCCAAACUUAUUAACCCACAGUUCAAGUCAAUCUCAAUGA